AUGGAAAGGGCAACCAGGUCGCGUAGAGCUGUCGAGUCCGCUUCCGCCUCCCGCAAGAGCGCGCUUGCGGAGCUCGCUGCGCACCGCGCUAGCCGCCAGUCCGAUUUCGCUCCUCCUCCUGUCGCCAGCGACGAUGCCGGCGAUCAGGGGGACCAGGCAGUGCGACGCAAGCGACGGAUCGACACGUUCGAGCUGAAGGAGGAAGAUCGCCUGUACGACGUCGUCGACGAGUCGGAGUACCAGAAAAUCGUCGCACAGCGUCGCGCGGCGGGCGAGAACUUCGUGGUGGACGACAACGGGCUGGGGUAUGCGGACACGGGCCUGGAGGACGUGUGGGACCGACGCGACGACGACGACGACUCGUGGGAUGAGGACGAGGACGGCGGCAGACGGAAGAAGAAAGAGAAGAAGCCUGCAGGGCCCAGGCCGCGCCGGGAUGGCGUCGCCGCGCGGAAGGCGCUUUCCGCCGCCGCCGCGAUGAUGGGGAAGCGCCGUGGCGCCUCCAACAUGUUUGCCGCUGCCGGCGCGCGCGCCGGCGGCCGGCAGGCUUCGGCACUGCCGGCCGGCGAGGCGCAAGCGGCGGAGGCGCUGCUGGAGGAGCUGAUUAACGACAUCGGCGCUGACGCGCACGAGCGCUUGCCCGACAAGAGAAGACGGAGAGGCGGCGGCGUGGCGGUGACCGUUACGCCCUCCGCGUGGCGGCCACUCGCACAGCACGCGAAGCCACCAGUCUACCCAGACGAUUUCCAUGACGCACCUGUCGUCACGCCGUCAAACGAGCCGGUCGUUUCUGCCGGCCGACAACAGCCGCCACCGCAGGCGCCGCCGUUUGCCGACGAUUCACCCUUUCCCGACAUGACCCCUGCCGCUGCGGCACGUGAGCACCAAGGGUUGAAUGCCGGUGCUGCUGGUGGAGGGGCAGGAACGGGUUCCGAGUCACCUAGUGCUAACGCAGAACCCAAUAGUACCGCCCGGAUAACUGGUGGUGGAGCUGGUACGAAGACAGGCGUUAAAGCAGAGUCUGGAGAGGAGAAAGUACCAGCAGCAGCGGCAGGCGAAGGGGUUGCAGCUGGGAAUGGUGCGGUAGAGGGAGGGCAGUCGGCCAAACCAGAUUCCGCCGAGGCGGGCCAGGCGCCGAAGCUGCAUGCUAGGCUCGGGGCGCUGGCUCAGGAGGAGAACGCGUCUGCGGCUUGGACGGCAGUAGCAGGGCAAACGGCUGUAGCAGGAAGUGCGGCUGUCGCAGGGUCAGAUGCGCCUGUGAGCGUGGAGGGGCUUCCGCUGGAUGCGGAUGGGAAGCUUCCGUUCUUCUUCCUAGACGCGGUGGAGGAGUCUUAUGGUGCGCUUCAGGGCACGGUGUUCCUGUUUGGCAAGGUCCCUGUAAAGCAUGCCAGCGGCACCAGCAAUCCCAGCAGCAGCGGGUCGUUCGUGAGCUGCUGCGUGGGCGUGCAGGGCAUGCAGCGGUGCGUGUUCGCCGUGCCUCGCGAGGGGCUGUUUGAGGACUCCCAGCUGGCCGUGCUGGAGGCGGAAGAGCAGCAGGCCCGGGAGGAGGACGCGGGGAAAGCGGGGGUUGGGAAGGGCAAAGGCGGUGGGGUCAAGGGUGGUGGUGGGGGGAAGGGCGAGGAGGAGUCGGAGAGAGUGAAGGCUGCGCGGCUCAAGAAGAUGCGCAAGCUGCAUGAGCUAGCUACGCCUCUUAAGGAGGAGAUUCGCCAGCGACUCAUGGAGCGCCACGUGUCCUCCUUCUGCAUGAUGCCUGUCAAGCGUUCAUAUGCGUUUGAGAGGAAGGAUAUCCCACGAGGCGAGCAGUAUGUGCUCAAGAUCACAUACCCUUACUCGGAUGCCCCUCUGCCUUCCGACCUCACAGGCACGCACUUCAGUGCUCUGCUGGGCACCCACACCAGUGCGCUGGAGCUGCUGCUGCUGAAGCGGCGCCUCAAGUGCCCCUGCUGGUUGGCCAUCGAUCGCCCCACCCGCAUUCACCCUGGCUCCCAGAGGAGCCACUGCAGGGUGGAGGUGUCAGUGGCAUCGCCCAAGCUGGUGGCGCCAGCAGCAGCAGAGAACGACCCUCCGCCCCUGGUGGUGGCGUCACUGAACGUGAAGACGGUGGUGAACCAUGGGAAGAACGUCAACGAGGUUGCUGCUGUCUCCGUGGUCUUCUGCCGAAAUGCCAAGAUUGAUCGACCAAUGGCGCGCAGUGAGUGGAGUGGGGCGGCGUCGCUUGGACACUUCUCAGUGCUGAGGCGGCUGGAGGGGGUGAUGUCCCCCGUGGGAUUCGAUUCUGCCAUCGCUGCAGCCAAUCAGAGGGCGGGGCAGGACGGGCCAGUGCUGAGCAAGAAGGGCAGCGAGAGGGAGCUGCUGAGCUAUCUCCUGGCCCGAAUGGGAAGGCUGGAUGCUGACGUCAUCAUAGGACACGGACUGGCAGCGUUCGAUCUCACUGUGCUGCUGCAGCGCAUGCAGGCCUGUCGUGUGGGCAACUGGUCGGCGAUUGGUCGGCUCAAGCGCACCCAGAUGCCCAAGCUAGGGGGCGGCCCUGGCAGCAACUGGGGCGGCGGAGGGGCGGCGCCGGGCCUGCUGUCAGCUGUGGCCGGGCGGCUACUGAUCGACACGAGCGUUUCGUCUCGAGAGAUACUGCCGAAGGAAGUGAGCCACUCGCUGUCAGCGUUGGCGGCAAGUCAGCUGGGGCAGACGCGGAGAGAGGUGGCUGCGGCUGAGGUGCCGGGCAUGUAUGGCAGCAGCGAAUCCCUGAUGAAGCUGGUGGGGCUGGUGGAAACAGACGCAUGGCUGGCCCUCACGCUCAUGUUCCAACUCUCCGUGCUGCCACUCUCCCGCCAGCUCACCAACCUCAGCGGCAACCUUUGGAACCGCACACUGCAGCGAAUCGAGUACCUCCUGCUGCACGAAUUCCACCGCCGGAAAUUCAUGCUGCCCGACAAGCUGACCACAAAAGAAAAAGAAGCUGCCAUCUCAUCGGCCGCUGCUACAGCCUCGGGCAAGAAAAAGAAACGCAAAGGAGCGGGAGGGGAGAAGCAAGAAAAGGCAGCAGGGGCAGGAGAGGAUAUUACAGUGACCCGGGGGGUGGAAGGGGGAGAGGAAGAAGAGGGGGAUGAUGAGAAUACUCUUGAGGGCGCCGAGGGAGGAGCAGGAGGAGCGAGGGGGAAGAAGGGAGGAGGAGGCGGAGGAGGGGGUGAGGGGAAGAAGGGUCCGGGGUACGCGGGGGGGUUGGUGCUGGAGCCGAAGAGGGGGCUGUAUGACAAGAUAGUGGCGCUGCUGGACUUCAAUAGCCUGUAUCCGUCCAUCAUCCGCGAAUACAACAUCUGCUUCACCACCGUCGCUUGCCCGGAGGACCCUGCGUCUCUCCCGCAAUUGCCCGACCCCGACCCCCCUGGGGUGCUCCCAGAGGUGCUGGGCAUGUUGGUGCAGAGGAGGCGGCAGGUGAAGGAUCUACUCAAGAGGGAGAACGACCCGGAUGAGAGGCAGCGCCUGGAGAUCCGACAACAGGCGCUCAAGCUCACUGCCAACAGCAUGUAUGGCUGCCUGGGAUUCUCCAACUCUCGCUUCUUCGCCAAGCCCCUCGCUGAACUCAUCACCUCAAGGGGUCGGGAUAUCCUGCAGAGCACGGUGGAUCUGGUGCAGAACAACCUGAACCUGGAGGUGAUAUACGGCGACACGGACUCCAUCAUGAUCAACACGGGGCUGGACGACCCCAGUCAGGCCAUUGCCAUCGCCCACCGCGUCAAGAAGGAGGUGAACAAGCGGUAUAAACUCUUGGAAAUCGAGAUGGACGGGCUGUUCCGCAGCAUGCUGCUGCUCAACAAGAAGAAGUACGCCUCCGUCAAGCUGGUGCUGGGAUCCAGCGAGCCCCCCAAAGUGCUGCGAGAGGUUUCGGAGCACAAGGGGCUGGACAUUGUUCGGCGCGACUGGAGCGUGCUGUCUAAGGAGAUUGGCGGAUUUUGUCUGAAGCAGAUACUGUCCGGCAGGCCGCGGGAGGAGGUGGUGGAGUUGAUUCACAAUGAGCUGCGCAACUUGGCUGCCAGGUUACGAGCAGGGGAGGUAGAUCUGACAUCGUUCGUGAUCACCAAGACGCUCACCAAGCCGCCCGGUGACUACCCCGACGCCAACUCGCAGCCGCACGUGCAGGUGGCGCUGAGGAGGAAGAAGGAGGGGCGCACCGAGGGGUGCAACGCGGGAGACGCCAUUCCCUACGUCAUUGCCGUGCCACGGCAAUCAGGAAGUGAGGGAGCAGACACAGCAGUACCACCUGCUGGUCGCAGCAGCAGCGGUGCGGGUGGCAUAGCGGAGAGAGCUCGGCAUGUGGACGAGUUGAGGAGUGCAGAGAGCGAGUGGGACGUGGACAGGGAGUACUACCUGGCACACCAGGUGCACCCCGUGGUGGCCCGGCUUUGUGCUCCCAUUGAAGGCACCGAUGCCGCUCGCCUGGCCGACUGCCUUGGCCUCGACUCCUCCAAGUACCGGCAUGUGCAUGCGACGGCAUCAACGGUGCGAGAUGAUGCCAUGCUGGCAGCCUCCUCCAUUCUGGAUGAUGAUGAACGCUACGCGCGCCUCCCCCCGCUGCAGUUCCUCUGCCCCUCGUGCCGCUUCCCCUUCGCCUUCCCCGGCGUGCCUGCCAUCGCCCAGGGGAGAGACCGAGAGGUGCUGGAGAGGGCUGGGGAGAGAGCAGGUGGAGCAGCAGGAAGCCGAGACAGCAGAGGGGAGGGGGAAAACGGAAAUGCAGGGGAGGGGAAGGAAGAAGGGGGGAAGGAAGAAGGGGGGAAAGAGGAGGAGAGGGAGGUGCAGCCGCUGGCGUGUCCGCGCUGCAAGGAUGCCAAGCCGCUGUCGCCUGCCAUGCUGUCAAACCAGGUUAAGAGGCAGGCGGAGGCGUUCAUAUCGCAGUAUUACGACGCAUGGAUGCAGUGCGAUGAGGAGACGUGUGGGUGUGUGACUCAGAACAUGGCCACUCGCUUGGUUCAUUCUGACAGCUGCAGAGGGGGCCUCUGCCCCAACUACCCUCGCUGCCAGGGCACCAUGCGACGCCAGAUAUCCGAGGCAGACCUCUACCACCGCCUCUGCUAUCUCCGCCACUCCCUCGCAGUCACACGCACCCUUGCCAAGGUGAGAGACCCGGCUCAGUUAGCAGCAGCAGAGCGCAAGCUUCAGCCAAUCAGGAGGGCCUUGGAUGCAGCCCAUGGGGUGGUGGAGCGGAUGUGUGACAGCUCAGCAUACAAAUGGGUUAAGAUGGGUGACCUCUGUGUUACAUAG